UUUAUCUGCGCUGCAGUCGUAGUGGAAUUCAGUUUAUCGUCGAAAUGGCGGAGACCGUGGACGGAAUGGAGGUGUCCCAGGGAGAGAGCUCAGUGAAACCUGCAGCAGAAGACAUGACAUCCAAAGAUUACUACUUUGAUUCCUAUGCACACUUUGGCAUUCAUGAGGAGAUGCUAAAGGAUGAGGUUCGUACUCUGACAUACAGAAGCUCCAUGUACCAUAACAAGCAUCUUUUUAAGGAUAAGGUGGUGCUGGAUGUGGGAAGUGGAACUGGCAUCCUUUGUAUGUUUGCAGCCAAAGCUGGGGCAAAGAAAGUUAUUGGGAUUGAGUGCAGCAGUAUAUCAGACUAUGCUGUGAAGAUUGUGAAAGCCAACAAGUUGGAUCACAUUGUUACCAUCAUUAAGGGAAAAGUGGAGGAGGUUGAGCUUCCUGUGGAAAAAGUAGACAUCAUCAUCUCCGAGUGGAUGGGCUACUGUCUGUUUUAUGAGUCAAUGCUUAACACUGUCAUUUAUGCAAGAGAUAAAUGGCUGAAACCCGAUGGUCUGAUUUUUCCUGACAGAGCCACGCUCUAUGUCACUGCUAUUGAGGACCGACAAUACAAGGACUAUAAAAUUCACUGGUGGGAGAACGUUUAUGGCUUUGACAUGUCUUGUAUCAAGGAAGUGGCCAUUAAAGAACCACUAGUGGAUGUUGUUGAUCCCAAACAACUUGUCAGUACUGCCUGCCUCAUCAAGGAGGUGGACAUCUACACAGUGAAGAUUGAUGACCUGUCCUUUACGUCACCGUUUUGCCUCCAGGUGAAAAGGAAUGACUACAUCCAUGCGCUGGUAACCUACUUUAACAUAGAGUUCACUCGUUGCCACAAGAGGACCGGAUUCUCUACUAGCCCAGAGUCUCCUUACACUCACUGGAAGCAGACCGUGUUCUACCUUGAUGAUUAUCUGACAGUAAAGACUGGAGAGGAGAUCUUUGGCACCAUCAGCAUGAAACCCAAUGUCAAGAAUAAUAGGGACCUUGACUUUACUGUCGACAUUGACUUCAAGGGUCAACUCUGUGAGGUGUCCAAGACAUCGGAGUACAGAAUGCGCUAAAUUACGUUUGCAUCCACGUGUUUGUUUGUAUGUGUGUAAGGCAACUACGAGAGCAGCUUAUGUUUGUGUCUGUCCAUUUCCUUUCUACGACAGACGUUGUCUGAUCGGGACAUUUUCUGAGUUCUGACCAUUUUAAAUGAACUUUAAUUUUUGUAUACAAAGAACAACUAACUCGCAAAGGCAUUUUUUAUUGUGCCUUUUUGGCUUUCAAAAUUUUGGCUCUUUAUUCCCCCAAAUUUUAGGUGUACAAUCUAUCUUGGAUAUGCUCCAUCAGACACAUGCACACAUACAGCUGCUCUCUCUUGCCCAUCUGUCCCAAGUCUCUGAGUUGUAGGAAUAUGGCAACAUGCCAUCCAUGUUCUGUGUGUGUGUGUGUUCAGGUUUUUCAUCUUCUGAGUCACAAAUGUCUGCUGUUCUGUCCCCCAUCAUGCUGACAUUUGUGUUAGCUACUGUAAAAUUAAUGUAACGGUAUUUGUUUGGAAAUUCCAUCUGGUGAAGCCAGCAGUCGUCUUUGUAGGUAAAACCUACUGUCUUUUUUUGUUGCUGUGAAUAGAAGGCAUUUGGUUUAUUUGAAUGUGCCCAUAUCAUUUUGUAGUUCUGUUCAUUUGGAGAUUACUGAAGCAGUUCUUUUUAGACCAUCAGUCGAGGAUGCCUCCGUAUAUCGCCGUUUUUGUCUUGCGGAAUGAUGUUUUAAUUCAGCUAGUGCUUGUGUCCUCAUCUGUUACCAUUUAUAUACAUGUGGUUUUUUUAUACAUUUGUGAAAGUGACCUGAUCAACGAUAACUGUAUUAUGGAUGAGGCAGCCUAGUAACCUUGUAUAGGUGGCGUUAAUGAGCACUAUUUUAAAUCUGUUGACCUUUUUAAUGUCACACAAACUCUUUGUCCAAUGAAUGACUGAUGUUUAGUUUAAGCUUAUCUGCUGCUCCUUUGCACUAUAAGCACUUAAAACUCAGACCCAGAUCUACAAUUUAAUUCCACUGAAAGGACCUUGAGUUAAUUCUCCGUUUAGGUGCUUUUAGUGAAGGGUGAAGCUUUUGCUGUGUUUGAGUAACUUUACAUUAACUCAUAGUGAUUCUUUUUCAUGGUGUUUUUUUUUUUGUUCAACAGUGUUUUUUUUUUUGUCAAAGGGGUGCAAGAUCACAGGUUGUGUUAAGCACAGGUUACUAUUACCAGGCAGACAUUUGUCAACUAGGAAAUGUAUUUUAUUUUUUCUUUUUGAAAUAAAAACAAUAAAUUGGAACAUG